AUGCAGCUAGUUUCUCAAAUAUUAGGAAGUAAUGCCGACUUUAGACUAAUUGUUGAAACUGGCUUUACGCCUUUCCCGCUUAAUCCAACUUUUCGGACGUAUAUAUUCGAUAAUCUGGCUGAACGCGAAGAUGGCCUGCUUCCAAACGGUUACGCAACAGCUUCUGACUUGAAAAUUAUGGCUAGGGCGAUAAUCAGUCAUCCACAUUUGCUAGAUGUCUGGAAGAGAAUGGGAUAUCAUGAAAUUAUCGCAGAUUCAGAGAACGCUGUUGUGCAGCUCACUCUAUUAGAUCUUUGCUCAACUGGUGUUUUUUCAUCCCAAACUGUUGCUGAGAAAUUAUGCAAGUUACGAUCGAUUAGAUUCCCACUGACUGACACUGUGAUCGGAAAUGUUCUACUUCUAUUCAGACAAAGACUAAGCGAUGUCGGCAAAAGCCUCAUUGACGGCUUUUCUACUGCUCGGAAUAUGUGCAAGGCGGAUGUACUUGAAAUGUGCUUGAUAGAUUUGCUUGAUCCGUCGAGACAUCUUGAACAAAUUGAUGCACUGGACUAUAUUAUCAGCUUGAUUGACGAUCCGGAAAAGCGAGUUCUUUCCGCACUUGAAAAAUACAACAUUGUUGAAGGUGAAAAUGACCCAUCCAGAUCUCACAGAUUUCUUAAAUACUCGCUCGUAGUAUAUCGGCACAUGCUUAGGUUCGGUGCAAAGUCUCCAGUCGUUGAAUAUUUAAUGAGAGAAAUUUUGAUGGUUCAUACGCAGCUUGUUGAUACUGACGAUGCAGACAAAUUGAGAGACGCAGAUAAUAUCCUUGACGAAUAUUAUGCUGCAGAUGUACCUUUUGAUCGGUCAUUAUUCCCACUGUUCGCAAAAUGUUUGCGCGCAAAAUUAAUCGAUUGUUUAUUUGAAGGAUAUCUCCCAAACCUGUUCGAAUCUGAAGUCCAAAAUCAACAAUUUAUGAUAUUCCAAACUCCGGAAGUAGAUGUACUCACGUCAUCUACACAGACAAAAAAAUUGCAGCAACUUUGGCUGAGAGACAUUGAAAAAUGUAUUCAAUUAGAUGAAUUUAUGAAUGAUAGAUUUAGAAGGCAAGCUAUAGAUUUUCUUGCUCUUUGCAGUAUUAAUAUGCCAUUUUAG